GGCCAUCGACGUUCUGGAUUAGCCCCGAGUUUCGCCAAUGCAAAGGCAGGGGUGGGACGGUGCAGGCGCAGAGGAUUGGGUUUGGCUGGACUCGAUUUAAAGAGACAGAAGCUGUCGGGGUCCAAGAAGACGGUAUCCACGACCCUCCCCCCAAGUCCUUGGGACCACUUGGGUCCCCAAAGCCGGGGAGAUGGUUUGCGGAGGCUUUGCCUGCUCCAAGAAUGCGCUGUGCGCGCUCAACGUAGUCUACAUGCUGGUAGGCUUGUUGCUCAUUGGAGUGGCUGCUUGGGCUAAGGGCCUGGGUCUGGUGUCCAGCAUCCACAUCAUCGGAGGAGUCAUUGCUGUGGGAGUCUUCCUUCUUCUCAUCGCAGUGGCUGGACUGGUGGGUGCUGUCAACCACCACCAAGUACUGCUGUUCUUUUACAUGAUCAUCCUUGGUUUGGUCUUCAUCUUCCAGUUUGGAAUCUCUUGCUCAUGUCUGGCUAUUAACCUAAGCAAACAGACAGAUGUCAUCAAUGCUUCUUGGUGGGUCAUGAGCAACAAGACCCGGGAUGAACUGGAAAGAAGUUUUGAUUGCUGUGGCUUGUUCAACCUCACAACCCUGGACCAACAAGAUUAUGCUUUCUGCACUGCAAUCUGCAAGAGCCGGAGCCCCACGUGCCAGAUGUGUGGAGAAAAGUUUCUUAAGCAUUCAGAUGAAGCCCUGAAAAUCCUGGGGGGUGUUGGACUCUUCUUUAGCUUUACAGAGAUCCUUGGUGUUUGGCUAGCAAUGAGAUUUCGGAAUCAGAAGGAUCCUCGAGCCAACCCCAGUGCCUUUCUAUGAGACUUUGGACCCUUCUGACUUCUCUCCUGCUGUCUGCUUUCCCUAAGCUUUUUCUUCCUCCCUUAGGGAAAACCUGGGGUCUAUAGCCCUUUUUGUUUGAGAAAAAGGAAAGGCCCUUUGCCAUGCUCCCUAAAGAUGAUUGAAUAGCUAGGCUUUAUGCCUUGACAUGUUUUGUUGGGAGCAAGAUUAUAAGGAAUAAAGGAAAACCUUCCUUCCUCUUCUCCCUAAGUGGAUAUGGGAAGCUCCUGGCAGUGCAUGAAAUGGGAUGGGGGUUGGAGUCAUUCCUGGCUGUUUCCCCUCUUCUCCCUUCCACAUACUAGACCAUCUCAACACAUCUUUGCUCCAAGAGUAAAUCAGGGACAGAUCCAGAGAGAAAACCAAGCACUCUUGUAAUAAGCAGGACUCUGUUUGGGGAAGUUCAGUGAAUAUAAAAAUAAAAACCAUUUAAACUCCAUAAUCAAAGAAGCAACGUAAGUGCCUUUUCUUCUCUUUAGUUAGCUGAGGGGUUCCACUGACUAUGUAGGCCCUGUGACCUAAGGAGAAUGUGCAGGGAAGUUCCAUCUUCCAGAUGGUUUUUUCAAAUCCCCAAAUGGCAAAGCCAACCAGAGAAAGAAACAUUAAAAAAAAAAAAAAAAGACCAGAUUUCUUUGUUUUGUUGUUUUUCCUGUAUAAAAAAGGAUCCCAAUAUCAAGGUAUAGGGAAGGGGAAGAAC